UUAUGAUUAGUAUGACCCAGUUGUCUGAGAAUUUGCACAGGCAAAUUUAAGCCAUAGAUUUCUUCUACCCAAGCUUUUAAUUGAAUCCUGUAUUAAUGUCAGAAUGGACUAAUUAAAGUACUGAUCUGUAUCCAAUAGAGCAGGGGUGCUCAAGUCCAGUCUUCAAGAGUCAUCCUGUAACUUUUAGAUGCAUCUCUUCUCUUCUCACCCCUUGAAUCUAAAGUUUCAAUUCCCUCAUUUAGCACAGCAGAGACGUGGUAAUGAGCUACCCACUUGAUUCAGGUGUGUUAAAAAGGGUUGCAUCAAAAAGUUGCAGGAUAGUAGCUCUUGGGGACUGGACUAAAGCACCCCUGAAAUAGAGAAUCAAUGAAAAGUCUUAACAACUGAUGUAAACAGACCCUCUAUAUUCACUCUGAUUGAACUUGAGUUGCUUGCCGAUAAGAUGAAUGUUCUAAGCUUUAAGAGUAUUCAUUCUUUAUUUCAAUUUAACGUAGAUGCUUUUAUUUUGGCAAUCAUUUGAACUCUGAAAAAACACAUUUCCUUUAAUCUGUGACAUGCAAAUAAGUAGCUGCUUUAUGAGACCUGGCUCGACACGAUCAUAAUAAAGCAGCUCUUCUAUCAGUCAUUUAGGGUUUUUACCAAUACUCCACUUCCUAUUUCCAGGGCAAAGUGUAGAGCUUUGCUGACUGGACUUUAUUUGGACAGUAAACAUGACAAACAGACCGACCGACCAAUCACACGCUCCUUGAUCUCUUCGGGGAGCAAAAUAUCCUCUUCGGCUCCUCCCAUGCCGGUGACAAUGUGAGAAAGUUCAAACUCUGCAUGCUUAACUGGGAAGCUCCCUGUUUCUCCCUUCUGUUAAACCGAGACGAAGCAAAGACACUGACAGACACACACGCAGCCGAUUGAUUAAGUAAUGUCACAGAGCCAAGCGGAACUCACACGGACCCCUCUGGAAAAGACUUGGGUUCCAUGGAUGAGAAGCAGGCUGAGCAAACGCAGAGGCUCUUCGGUUCCCCAGUUUACCAAUUCCCCCACCGUCAUUGUGAUGGUCGGGCUGCCAGCUCGGGGGAAAACCUACAUUUCCAAGAAGCUGACUAGGUACCUGAACUGGAUCGGGGUCACAACCAAAGUAUUUAAUGUGGGACAGUACAGAAGAGAAGCCACACAAUCCUACAACAGCUACGAAUUCUUUAAACCCGACAACUUAGAGGCCAUGAAGAUACGCAAUGCCUGUGUAAAUACGGCUCUAAAAGAUGUAUGUGACUACCUGAACAGGGACCGGGGCCAGGUUGCGGUUCUUGAUGCCACUAACACUACUCCAGACAGAAGAGAGGUCAUCCUCAAUUUUGGCAAAGAAAAUGGUUACAAAGUGUUCUUUGUGGAGUCAAUAUGUGAUGAUCCUGAAAUCAUUGCUGAGAACAUUAAACAAGUGAAGUUGACGAGCCCAGACUAUGUUGGCUGUGAUAAAGAAGAAGCUCUUGCAGAUUUCCUCAAAAGGAUUGAAUGUUACCAGAUGACCUACGUUCCCCUGGACGACAACAAGGACAGGAGGUUAUCUUACAUUAAAAUCUUUAAUGUAGGCAGCAGAUACCUGGUGAACCGGGUCCAGGACCACAUUCAAAGCAGAAUAGUCUACUACCUCAUGAACAUUCACGUGACACCGAGGUCCAUCUACUUGUCUCGUCACGGGGAGAGCGAACUCAACCUCGUGGGCCGGAUCGGGGGGGACUCCGGGCUUUCCCAACGAGGGGCAAAGUUUGCCAGCGCUUUGGGUACAUACAUGCGUGGGCAGUGCAUCAGUGACCUCAAGGUUUGGACGAGCCACAUGAAGAGAACCAUCCAGACUGCAGAGGCCCUGGGAGUCCAAUAUGAACAAUGGAAAGCCCUCAACGAAAUAGAUGCUGGAGUUUGUGAGGAAAUGACUUAUGAGGAAAUUCAGGAACACUACCCUGAAGAGUUCGCACUGAGGGAUCAGGACAAGUAUCGAUACCGUUACCCUAAGGGAGAGUCUUAUGAGGACCUCGUCCAGCGUCUGGAACCGGUCAUCAUGGAGCUGGAGAGGCAGGAAAACGUUUUGGUCAUCUGCCACCAGGCUGUGAUGAGAUGUCUGCUGGCUUACUUCCUGGACAAGAGCGCAAUCGAGCUGCCAUAUCUGAAAUGUCCUCUGCACACCGUUCUGAAACUCACCCCAGUGGCCUACGGGUGUAAAGUUGAAUCUGUCUUUCUCAACAUCGAAGCUGUGAACACACACAGAGACCGGCCAGAGAACGUGGAUGUGGACAGAGACCCAGAGGAGGCGCUGGAGACGGUCCCUGAGCACAUCUAGAGGACAUCUCACCUCAGCCUUCAUUCUCUUCAGAGAACAUAUCUUAUUUUUAAUUUAACUAAUUCAGAUUUUUAGAAAAUCGAAAGCUUAAUGACAAUGAAAAGUUUCUUCGAUGGCAUCUUAAUUCCAUUGUUGGUGCACUUUAUAUGGUCCAGGCUGGGAUGGUCUGUGACAAAAACUGUUUUAAAUGUGAAAAACUGACUAGAUGACCUGCAUGGCUGCUCAACUGUUGGUAAACUGUUUUACACUUCAUCACUUCACCCCGUGCUGUUGUAUUAACUGUUGUGAUUUUCACUUAGAAAGCAAUAAGAGUCGAGGUAAGCCAUGGUGUCAAGUUUAACUGUUUAGUGUUAGAUUUGAAACUGUUGUUAAAGAACUGCCUGUUCUGUGAUCAAACCUCCCAGCAGAGCCUGAGAUCAAUGCUUCAGUUUUCCUUAGAUUAACGGGGUUAAAGCACUGGUUCUCAAUCCCAUUCCUCAGGACUCGCUGACCUGCAUCUUUUAGGUGUCGCCCAGCUGCCCCACAUCUGACCUAAACAAAUGGAUCAUUAACAUAUUUCUGCAGCACUUAAAGGCAUGCUGAGGAGCCAUUUCAGUGGUACUUAGCUCCAGUCCUGAAGGGCUACUAUCCUGCAGCUUAGGAUGGGGAUGGAGGGUUGUGUAACAACUAGAAUGUUGCAGGUUUAAAGCUUCUUUCCAGAGUCCCAACGCCAGCGUUUCUCUCUAUUUGGAUGCUGAGUCGAUCUGUUAUCAGGCCUCAGUCACAUACUAAGUAUCUGAUGACUUUGAUCAUUAAAUCUUUGUUACAACUAGUUCAGUUCAAGGAUACCAGGGGCGAAGUCUACAGUAGCCUAGAAGGAACAGAUGACUAAUUAAGUCAUGACAGGGCCUUUAGUGUUUGUUUUUUACCGUGCCUUUAAAAAGUAUUAUUUCCUUUAGAGAUACU